AUGGCACAGUCUCAGACCCCCGGGCUUGAUACCCUGGCCGAGGGCUCACAGUAUGCGCUUGAGCAGCUGCAGCUGUCGCGAGAAGCUGCAGCCGGUGAUACAACAGCUACUGCAGCGAGUGGCCCAAGCGACCCCAUGAGCAAAUCCAAGGAUCCAUAUGAUUUCGAUCAUCAUAAUCAUAAUCAUCAUAAUCAUCAUAAUAAUAACCACCACCCCAACAGCAAUAGCAACAACUCCCUCCCCGGCUUCAAGAAUCCAGCGCAACGCGAUCCUCUCGCCGAGGCUCGUUCCGCCAUCCGUAAAAACUCCUCCUCGGCUCCCGUCCGACGAAGGAUCAGUCGCGCCUGCGAUCAGUGCAAUCAGCUGCGCACUCGAUGCGACGGCCAGAACCCGUGCGCUCAUUGCAUCGAAUUCGGAUUGACGUGCGAAUACGCUCGAGAACGUAAAAAGCGGGGAAAGGCUUCCAAGAAGGACCUCGCUGCUGCUGCUGCUGCCGCCACCGCGACCCCAGGCCAGCCGAACGAGAACCCGGGCAAGGACAGCGGUACAAUGGUCGGAGGACACUCGCCUCCGGAUCGGCGACAGGAGCUCAACGGGCGAUACGACCCGGCUUUCGACGCUGCUCGCAAUUUGUCGGGGUCGGCGCAACCCCAGCUUCCCCACGCGGAGGGCCCAGGCAUGGUCGGGAUGCCGAACACUCAACAUCUGCCAUCUCCUUCUCAACCGCCCAUGGGCGGUGGUCUUGAGGGGUUGCCGAUGAACGGCUAUAAUGGUCUGAAUGAUUCGAAUCGGCCCCCAAUACCUGUCUCGGAGCUCCAGUCCCUGCACAUGCUGCAUUCCUCGAACCCGCAUCCUCGAUCUCCACCAUCGAUUCUCCCUUCCCAGCGAUACAACGGUGGCUACAAUGAAAAUGCGUACUCUCUGAUGAACCCACAGGAGCACAACCCCACCCCAAUGAAUCAAUUUCGACUCGGCAACUCGACAGAGAAUCCGCCGAAUACGUUCCUCGGGCUUUCCCCGCCAGCACAGUCACCUGGCUGGUUGCCCCUCCCUUCUCCAUCUCCUGCAAACUUUCCUUCUUUCAGCAUGGCUUCGUUUUCGACAACGUUGAGAUACCCCGUCCUGCAUCCCGUUUUGCCUCACAUCGCGUCCAUCAUUCCCCAGUCUCUCGCCUGCGAUCUUCUGGACGUCUACUUCACCAGCUCCUCAUCGUCUCACCUCUCCCCACAAUCGCCGUAUGUGGUCGGCUACAUCUUCCGCAAACAGUCCUUCCUUCAUCCGACGAAACCCAGAGCGUGUAGCCCCGGCUUGCUGGCCAGUAUGCUCUGGGUCGCCGCGCAGACCAGCGACGCGCCCUUCCUCACAUCUCCCCCCUCGGCACGCGGCCGGGUCUGCCAGAAGCUGCUGGAGCUGACCGUAGGUUUGCUGCGGCCGCUCAUCCACGGCCCAGCGCCCGGGGAAACCUCCCCCAACUAUGCCGCAAAUAUGGUCAUUAACGGUAUCGCGCUCGGUGGCUUUGGUGUCUCAAUGGACCAAUUGGGAGCACAGAGCAGCGCAACGGGAGCCGUCGACGAUGUCGCCACAUAUGUUCACCUGGCAACGGUGAUCUCGGCCAGCGAAUACAAAGCAGCCAGCAUGCGCUGGUGGACUGCGGCAUGGUCGCUAGCACGAGAAUUAAAACUCGGCCGCGAACUGCCGCCGAAUACUUCUCAGACCCGGCAGGAUGGGGAGCGAGAGAACGAUCCGGAUGCUGAUCCAUCCAACCGCCAUUCCCCAUCGCUUAUCACGGCGAUGGGGCACGGGCCUGGCAACACUGUGAUCAACGUUACCGAAGAUGAGCGGGAGGAGCGUCGACGCCUCUGGUGGUUACUUUAUGCGACGGACCGCCAUUUGGCGCUCUGCUAUAAUCGGCCCCUAACACUGCUGGAUAAGGAAUGCAACGGGCUUCUGCAACCGAUGAAUGACGAUCUGUGGCAGGCCAGUGAUUUUGCGAGCGCUAGCUACCGCCAGGCGGGCCCUCCGUUGGAGUGUUCGGGCCACAGCAUGUUCGGAUACUUCCUGCCAUUGAUGACAAUUCUCGGCGAGAUUAUCGACCUGCAGCAGGCGCGGAAUCAUCCUCGCUUCGGCCUUGCCUUCAGGGGUAGUCCCGAAUGCGAUGCUCAGGUCCUAGAGAUUGCGCGCCAGCUUGAUCUCUACGCACAGACGUUAAAGGAAUUUGAGACGCGGUAUACGAGCGGUCUGGCGCUCGGUGCAGCCGACAAUGAUACCGCCAUGGAAGGAUCCCAUCUCAACCACGUCAGCCCCUCUGGUCGAUCCAGCAGCACUGUUGAUUCGCGCGUGAACGAGUCGAUUGUGCACACCAAGAUGGUGGUGGCCUACGGAACCCAUAUCAUGCACGUGCUCCACAUUCUCCUAGCGGGUAAAUGGGAUCCCAUCAACCUACUAGACGACAAUGACCUUUGGAUCUCUUCCGAAUCCUUCAUCGCGGCCAUGGGACACGCGGUUGGCGCUGCCGAGGCCGCUGCGGAUAUUCUGGAAUACGAUCCAGAUCUCAGCUUUAUGCCAUUCUUCUUUGGGAUCUACCUCCUGCAGGGUAGUUUCCUGCUUCUCUUGACGGCCGACAAGCUGCAGGGCGACGCCAGUCCCAGUGUGGUGCGGGCAUGCGAGACCAUUGUCCGCGCCCAUGAAGCUUGCGUCGUAACACUCAACACGGAAUAUCAGAGAACGUUCCGCAAAGUCAUGCGUUCGGCUCUCGCGCAGGUUCGUGGGCGCCUUCCCGAGGACUUUGGCGAACAGCAGCAACGCAGACGGGAAGUACUCGCUCUCUACCGCUGGACCGGGGACGGCAGUGGUCUCGCGCUUUGA